AUGUGCGUAAACUUUGUCAAAUUCGGUAUGAAUGCAGUUCGGCUAAUCAGAGUAUUCCAGAAAAAGCGGGCGAGAAGAAGGAAACUUGCCGAGAUCAAUGUCCAAUUGAGGCAAAACCCCAUACUGAACCGGAUGAUUGUUGAGAAUUCCAUUAGAGAGGCAUAUGGCCCGAUGGAUCUUCCAUCGAAUCCGCCGGACAUCAGUACCACCACGCUAUCUAGCGUCGUCGAACCCGACGGACCCUUCACCUCUACCCUGGCGUCGAACCCGGUAGCACCAGAUACUCAAAAAGAGAUCUCGCCGAUUCAUGGGAAAAGCGCAACCCUCGCAGCAGCCGAGAGCAUGAGGAAAGCACUUGACACGUUCCUUUCCUUGGUAAAGAAGGGGAGCUGUGCCACCAGUCGACAGCCGUCCGCCGAAUCGAGCUCGCACAAUAUCGUGGAAUCAAUCGAAAAAUCGAUUAAGUCCGAAUCUCUGCGUAGCCAAUCCGAACCAAGCGACGACGCAGGUAGCGACAUCUCUGGCCCCAGUCAUUUUGUUUGUAUGCAUUGCGGAAAACCGCGAAGUAUCGGCCUGCGAUAUGAUGAUAUCUGCGUGUACUGCUUUGAGAAAAAAAAAACAGUACUGCGUGUCGGGCGAUCAUGA